UUUAAAUUUAAUAUAUUCACGUUUGAGAAUAAUACAUCAUAUUAACAAACAAAUGUAAUUAACCUAACCUAACCAUGGACAGGGGGUAAAUAAUAGCACUAAUUACAUAAUGGUUUUGAAGUGAUUACCUCCAGAGUACCUCCUCCCUGAGGACUGGUUGAUUGUUACAUUAAACAUGUUUUUAAUGUUUCUGGUACAAUAUUUUUUCAGUGACUAGUACAUAUAUAAUCCCUAAACCCAGUGUAUUUUGUGACAGAUUUAUAGUUGCUUCAAGUCGUUGAACGAUAAAUAUAUCUGGCCUUUACACAGUCCAGGACGAGGUUAGUGUGAGGUGGAGCACCUACAGUGUCCGGAAGACUAGCCAUGUUAAGAGAGUCAAUAUAUGUAGUGGUUUUGGUGCUUGUUGAGCUGCCCCUUUUAUCGUGGGGGGCUGCAGGCAUGCCCAGGAAGCCACACCCAGGCGCCCACACAAGGCUCGGAGAUAGUGUGGAUGAAAGUGAUGGACAUUUUAUUUACCACGAGGAACCUAGUGCUAUUUUCACCUAUGAGGCGCUCCGGCAGAACCCGUUUUUCUCCGGAUCUUUCCUCGGAGGCGUGACAGGACUGUCUUCUUACGGCCCACCCUUUCCUGAGAAGCCGGAUCACGCGCCGGUGAGGCCCCAUAGUCUGCUUCUUCAAGGACCGCCUCCCACUCCGCCACUUCGAGGAGCACCUCAGACUCUGCAAGCCUCGCCUCAAACACAUAUCUCUAACAAACAACCUCAUGUCUACUCUACUGAAGGAGGAGGAGGCUGCGACACGAAGGAAGGGUUCUACUUCGCCGGCCAGACGUGGUACACUCAGGGCUGUCGACGUCGCACCUGUAUACACUUUCGGGGUUCCUUCAUCAUAGAAACUGACUCAUGUGAUUCCGAGAUUUUCAACACCACUUACAAAUGUAUCGUGCAGGUCGACAUAAACGCACACUUCCCAGACUGUUGUCCAAAAUACCAUUGUAACCCAGACAAUCUUGGCAAUUCUGUUAAAUAGAUAGUAUAUCUACCAUCCCUGACUAUUAUUUUAUUACUCUCAAUAAAAGAUGAAAUUCCAA